CUAGCUAGAAAUAAGUGGCGUCCAUCAGACCCACAGAUCAUCUCAGAAGGCCUUUAUGCCAUUGCUGUGGUGCUGAGUUUCUCACGCAUCGCCUACAUCCUGCCAGCUAACGAGAGCUUUGGACCACUUCAAAUCUCACUUGGGCGCACGGUGAAGGACAUCUUCAAGUUCAUGGUCAUCUUCAUCAUGGUGUUUGUGGCCUUCAUGAUUGGCAUGUUCAACCUGUAUUCAUAUUACCUGGGAGCCAAGUACAAUCCUGCCUUUACCACGGUGGAAGAAAGUUUUAAGACACUUUUCUGGUCAAUUUUCGGCCUGUCCGAAGUGAUCUCAGUGGUGCUGAAGUAUGACCAUAAGUUCAUAGAGAACAUCGGCUACGUGCUCUACGGAGUCUACAAUGUCACCAUGGUGGUCGUCCUCCUCAACAUGCUCAUUGCCAUGAUUAACAACUCAUACCAAGAGAUAGAGGAGGAUUCUGAUGUGGAGUGGAAAUUUGCAAGAGCCAAAUUAUGGCUCUCCUACUUUGAUGAGGGUCGUACUUUGCCUGCUCCCUUCAACCUGGUACCCAGCCCAAAGUCCUUCUACUACCUGAUCCUUCGCAUCAAGUCUUGCCUGAUGUGCCUCUGCAAGGCCAGUGGACAUCCCCAUAACAAUGAGUUAGAGAUGGGCAUGCUCAACUCACAGAUUAAGGAUGAGUCUUUCAGGGCUUAUCCACGGCCAGAGGAUGAUCUUAUCCAAAGAAAAUCAAGAAAACACCCAACCAGAUACCAGAACAUCAUGAAGCGCCUGAUAAAGCGGUAUGUGCUGAAGGCCCAAGUGGAUCGAGAAAGCGAUGAAGUCAAUGAAGGUGAACUGAAAGAAAUCAAACAAGACAUUUCCAGCCUCCGUUAUGAGCUCCUGGAGGAGAAGUCCCAAGCUGCCGGAGAGUUGGCUCUACUCAUCCAGCAACUAAGCGACAAGUUUGGCAAGAACACCAUGAGACUCUGACAUCACUCACAAAAAGGAGCGAGGGGAAGGAGGGGCAAAGACGGCAGUGUGAAAGAGGAUGAGUUCGAGAGCAAAGAAGGAGCAGAGUGGACAUUGAAAAGACCACAAUUCUAGAAAUAAUGGAAAAGAGUGGAAAAGGGGGAGGAGAAACGGUUGAAAUUAGGAAUAAUAAACAGAGUGCAACUUAACUGAUUCAAGGAAAAGAGGAAAUGUUUUGGUUGUGAACAAUUAUUGUCAGUUAUAGGACUGGAGUCAGAAGUGAAAAGAACUAAUUUGCGGUUAUUUGUACUGACAGAUGAAUUAUAAUUAUUAAAGGUGUGUCUGCAGGAAGAAAAAGGAACGAAAGAGAUGAAAGAGGUGGCGAAAGCAGGUACGAUGAGAUAGGAUCAGACACUACAGAGUGAAGGACUGAGGCAGAAAAAAAUCAGUGCAUUACCAACAUGGAGCAAAGAGAGAAAAAACAGAAAUAAGAAAGAAAAAAAAAAAUGCUGUACUGUGAUACAGCCAGAGGGGCUAGAAGCGUGAUUCAGAUAGAAACAGACAAGAAAAAAAUAUAUGAAGAAAAAUCCACUUUUGCAACUGGAUAUUCACAACAAAAAACUUAGGCUUUGCUUCUGUUUCCACUUUUUCAGGACAAGCAUCUGACUGUGAGACACUGUGUAUCCCUUUGUAUACCAGGCAAUCUAAUUAAUAUACAGUAUUUCAAUGCACAACUUUCACUCAGCAGUCAGAGGGCAAGCAGG